AUGAACAGGGUUAAAGUUCUGCAGGUCUGGCUGUGGUGUGUGUCUCUGUGGUCGUGCUGGCUUUCUCACGCCGUUCCUCUGGACUGCAAAGACGAGACCGGAUCCCUCAUCCAAUGCACUUCAAUCUCUCAAGAGAAACUUCUAGAUCGCGUCAUCCAACAUGCAGAGCUCAUCUACCGCGUCUCUGAAGAGUCCUGUACUCUGUUUGAGGAUAUGUUUGUCCCGUACCCUCUGUAUGCUUUGAGGAAUCAGGGAGGAACCAUGUGUCACACCAAACCCUUCCCCAUCCCAGGCUCCAAGACUGAGAUUCAGCAGAUUUCGGAUAAAUGGCUGCUUCACUCGGUCCUGAUGCUGGUGCAGUCAUGGAUGGAACCCCUCGUCUAUCUGCAAACGACUCUUAAUCGUUACGAUGACGCCCCGGACGCUCUGCUCAACAAGACCAAGUGGGUGUCUGAUAAACUGCUCAGCCUGGAGCAGGGGGUGGUGGUCCUCAUCCGCAAGAUGCUGGAUGAAGGGAUCCUGACGCCGUCCAUCUUCGAGCACACGCUGACCCCAUACGAUGAACCGUCCCCAGAGAUCCCAGAGUCCAUCCUCAGGGACUACAACCUGCUCAUCUGCUUCAAGAAGGACGCCCACAAGAUGGAGACUUUCCUCAAGCUACUCAAGUGCCGUCAGAGCAACAAGCUCAGCUGCCUUUCCUACUAAACCUGCAUCUCAUCUCAAAAGAAAAA